ACGGUGGGGCGGGAUCCUGACGCUGCCGGCGGCUAGGACAGGUUGUUGUCAGUGCGGUCCUCUGCCGCCGUUUCUGGAGCUGCCGGCAUCUCCUCGCCACCUCCGUGGCUCCAGCCUCGGUCAUCUCCUCAGCAUUUGAAGUCGCCGCUGGCGCCGCCUUCAGAUUCGCGGGCCGCCGCGGGCCGCGGAGCCCAUGAAGGCGCGGGCCCCGCCGCCGCCCCCGCGGCGUCGCCGACGUCCUGGAGCGCCGCGAACCCGCGCGGGUAUGGCUGCAGCAUGAACGCCGGGUCGCCACCGGAGCCGGAUUGGAAGGUGGCGUUGCCAUCCGAGGCGGGAGACAUGCGGGAGAAGCGCACCGGCGCGCAGGCCGCGGGCGGUAGCUGGUUACAAGGCUUUGGCCGACCAAGUGUUUACCAUGCUGCUAUUGUCAUCUUUCUUGAAUUCUUUGCAUGGGGCCUGUUGACAACUCCAAUGUUGACUGUGCUACAUGAAACAUUUCCUCAACACACAUUCCUUAUGAAUGGUCUCAUUCAAGGUGUAAAGGGCCUGCUCUCUUUUCUGAGUGCCCCCCUCAUAGGCGCUCUCUCAGACGUGUGGGGCAGAAAACCCUUUCUCCUUGUCACAGUCUUCUUCACCUGCUUCCCCAUCCCACUGAUGCGAAUCAGCCCAUGGUGGUAUUUUGCAAUGAUUGCUGUAUCUGGAGUCUUCUCAGUCACAUUCUCUGUGAUAUUUGCCUACGUAGCUGAUGUUACUCAGGAGCACGAGCGAAGUACUGCUUAUGGAUGGGUCUCAGCCACCUUCGCUGCCAGUCUGGUCAGCAGCCCAGCCAUUGGAGCGUAUCUUUCUGCCAAUUAUGGAGACAGCCUUGUUGUGCUUGUAGCCACAGUGGUGGCUCUUCUGGACAUUUGCUUCAUCUUGGUGACUGUUCCAGAAUCUCUACCAGAGAAAAUUAGACCAGUUUCCUGGGGAGCUCAGAUUUCUUGGAAACAAGCAGACCCUUUUGCGUCAUUGAAGAAAGUUGGAAAAGAUUCUACUGUCUUACUCAUCUGUAUCACCGUGUUUCUUUCAUACCUCCCAGAAGCUGGACAGUAUUCAAGUUUUUUUCUCUAUCUCAGGCAGGUCAUAGGUUUUGGAUCCGUUAAAAUUGCAGCAUUCAUAGCCAUGGUAGGAAUUCUGUCUAUUGUGGCCCAGACUGUCUUUCUCAGCAUUUUGAUGAAGUCACUGGGAAAUAAGAAUACUGUCCUGCUUGGCUUGGGCUUCCAGAUGUUCCAACUGGCCUGGUACGGCUUUGGAUCUCAGGCCUGGAUGAUGUGGGCAGCGGGGACUGUGGCCGCCAUGUCCAGCAUCACAUUCCCAGCCAUCAGCGCCCUGGUAUCUCGGAAUGCAGAGUCAGAUCAGCAAGGAGUUGCGCAGGGGAUCAUAACUGGAAUUCGGGGGCUGUGCAAUGGCCUGGGACCAGCUCUGUAUGGAUUAAUAUUCUACAUGUUCCAUGUUGAACUCAGCGAGCUCGGCCCAGAACUGCAUUCUGACGAUGGAGCCCUACAGGGAGCACUCAUCCCAGGUCCACCAUUUUUGUUUGGAGCUUGUAUAGUUCUGGUGUCUUUUCUGGUUGCCUUAUUCAUCCCUGAGUACCAUAAAGCCAGUGGAGUUCAAAAACAUAACAGCGCUAGUGGCAGCCUGAGCACCAUCCCUGAGCGGGGAAGCGAUGAGGACAACGAGCCGCUGCUGCAAGACAACAGCAUCUGGGAGCUCUCCUCUUCUGAAGAGCCUGGGAACCAGUGCACUGAGCUGUAACUCAGCAGACACCACCUCUGAGAGCCCUGAGGGAGCCACGCCACUGGGGACUUCAUGGUGCUGGAGGGGUGAUGCUAGCAGCAUCGUUCGGGCCAAGUUUAAUAAGUGACUCCCUCUCUUUAUCCCUCUGCCCUCCUCUUCCUGUCUCUUCUGUUCUUUUUCAUUCUGUUUGUACAUACUUCCCUGCAAAUAAUGUGCAGCUAUCAAGGCUACCUGGAGUCUACACUGGAAGCCAAAUAGAAACUGCUAGAAAGGAUGGGUUUUCUUUAGUAACUAGUGAGAGAGUGACAGCAGCCUCUCUAUGCUUUUCAAUAGAAGUGCAAGGAUAGCAGAACUGCCGUCUUGGGCAAGAUUUCAGGUAGAGUCCUUCCUUCUUUCUCUCAAUUGUUCCUGGUUAGCCCAUAGGUGUUGAGUGCUACUCAGUAUCAGGGAUCUGUUGCCUUUGUCCAAAGUCUAAUGAAAAUCUACUUUUCCUUUUCCUUCCUCUGCUUGUCCACACAUUCGUAGAGCUGAUCUGUGGUGACCUUUACCAGCUAAAGGAAAGCUUUCUUCCCAUUUCAAAUCAUGUACUAAGAACUCGGAUUCCUGGACCUGGGGUUCUGGUGGGAUCCACGGUCAUUUUACAGAAGAAAAAUUGUGUUGAGCCAGGCGUAGUGGCACAUGGCUGUAAGCUCAGCUACUCAGGAGACUGAGGCAGGAGGAUCAUAAAUUUGGGGCCAGCCCAAGCAGCUUAGUAAGACCCCUCCCCUCCCCACCUCCAAAGAGACAUCAAGCAUUCUAAUGGCAACAAAGAAAUCAGAAGCUCAUCUAAGUCUUUUAACAAACUGAGGAGUCCUAAGAGAGAAUGAGUUAGGACAGGUGCCAGUGGAGUUCAUGAGAUUACUCUUUGCCCUGCCCACAUCCCCACGUGCUGUGGCAUCACACUCCUGCCUUAACUGCUGUGUACGCGCAUUUGUCCCCAGUCUGUGUCUCAGUCUGCUUAGCUGACUUGAAUCUCAUGGGAAUACGCACAUUAAGUUCCUUUCUAAUAUAUGAGGGUUUAGUGAAACGCUGUUUCACAAUAAGUGUCUUGCUAAUUUUUUGAGAUGUUUUAUGGACAAAGAAAACUUUACAGAUUUAUAUGUAUUUUGCUGCAUAGUAAAUGGAGCAUUAACUAAGGCCUACCUUUAACAAAGCACUCCUUUGAAAGUUUUAUAGGUAUGAAACACAUGUAGAUAUUUGUAAGGGUUUUAAUCUUUUUUUUUUGAUGGGGUGCUCUGUAAAUCUUGUAUUUAUAAAUGUAAUGAAGGUAUUGUCAGAAAAAAUAUAUACAACUUUUUAUAAAGGAUUGUGUACUGACUGAAUACAUUUAAAAGAAAAUAUAUUUUGAAACCUGUUCUGCCAUGGACAGAGAUAACAUAUCUUUUUACAAUGCUGUUGGUUUUUAGGUUAAGCUUCCUAAUGCAUAAUAAAUUUACAGUGGAUACUUUUA